AUGGCUCCUUCAGCGUUCCACAGUCUCUCAAUUCACUCAAUGAAUUCACAAGAAGAAUUCCUGUCAACUCUUGAACACUAUGAAAUAGCAAUUCCUGUCCGAGUUGACCACAAUGGAGAUUUCCUAAGCUAUAAUGUAAAAAGUAGCCAUGAACUGCGAUCAAAGAGAAGCUUACCUGCGUUUCAACAUGAGCCAGUUGAGCAGCAAGUUUAUUACAAAGUAUCUUCACAUGGAUUGCACUUCCUUUUAAACUUGACUUUACACAUUAAUCUGGUAUCAGAUUAUUUUACUGUAGAAUAUUGGAAAAGAGAUGGCGUGGAAUGGAGGCAUGAUUAUAUGGAUGAAUGUCAUUAUUUGGGACAUUUAAGUGAUCUCCAGGGAGUCACAAAAGUUGCUUUAAGUAACUGUAAUGGAUUGCACGGUGUAAUAGCUGAGGAUGAAGAAGAAUAUUUCAUAGAGCCCCUCACCACCGUUAAAAUGGCUGAAUUCAAUUACAGUGAAGGAAGCCCCCAUGUAGUUUAUAAACGAUCUUCACUUCCAAACCAACGUCAACAAAUUGACGCAACAUGUGGAGUUUCAGAUGAGAAACCAGGGAAAGGAAGAUCUCCAUGGCUGAGGAAUUUCCAGACUUCACCAGUGACUCUUUCACCAAAUAAGACUCUGAAAAACCAGCUACAAUUGAAAAGAUCAGUCAGUCAAGAACAUUAUGUGGAAACCCUAGUAGUAGCAGAUAAGAUGAUGGUUGGAUACCAUGGACGAAGAGACAUUGAGCAGUAUAUUCUUUCUGUCAUGAAUAUUGUAAUGCGGACUGGAGGUGAGGUCACAGUGCGGACUGGAGGUAUGGUCCCAGUGCGGACUGGAGGUGAGGUCACAGUGCAGACUGGAGGUAUGGUCCCAGCGCGUACUGGAGGUGAAGUCCCAGUGCGGACUGGAGGUAUGGUCCCAGCGCGGACUGGAGGUAUGGUGCCAGCGCGGACUGGAGGUGAGGUCACAGUGCGGACUGGAGGUAUGGUCCCAGUGCGGACUGGAGGUGAGGUCACAGUGCGGACUGGAGGUGAAGUCACAGUGCGGACUGGAGGUAUGGUCCCAGCGUGGACUGGAGGUAUGGCCCCCGUGCCGAUUGGAGGUAUGGUCCCCGUGCGGACUGGAGGUGAGGUCCCAGUGCGGACUGGAGGUGAUGUCCCAAUGUGGACUGGAGGUAUGGUCCCAGUGCAGACUGGACGUGUGAUCCCAGUGCAGACUGGAGAUAUGGUUCCAGUGCAGACUGGAGGUGAGGUCCCAGUGCGGACUGGAGGUGAGGUCCCAGUGCAGACUGGAGGUAUGGUCCCGGUGCGGACUGGAGGUGAGGUCCCAAUGCAGACUGGACGUGUGAUCCCAGUGCAGACUGGAGGUGAGGUCCCAGUGCGGACUGGAGGUGAUGUCCCAGUGAAGGGUGGAGGUGAGGUCCCGGUGCGGACUGGAGGUAUGGUCCCAGUGCGGACUGGAGGUGAGGUCCUGGUGCGGAAUGGAGGUGAUGUCCCAGUGAAGGCUGGAGGUGAGGUCCUGGUGCGGACUAGAGGUACGGUCCCAGUGCAGACUGGAAGUAUGGUCCCAGUGCAGACUGCAGGUGAGGUCCCGGUGCGGACUGGAGGUGAGGUCCCGGUGUGGACUGGAGGUGAGGUCCCGGCGCGGACUGGAGGUGUGGUCCGAGUGUGGACUGGAAGUGAGGUCGCAGCGCGGACUGGAGGUGAGGUCCCAGUGCAGACUGGACGUGUGAUCCCAGUGCAGACUGGAGGUAUUGUCCCAGUGCGAACUGGAGGUGAGGUCCCAAUGCGGACUGGAGGUGAUGUCCCAGUGCAGACUGGAGUGCAGACUGGAAGUAUGGUCCCAGUGCAGACUGGAGGUGAGGUCCCAGUGCAGACUGCAGGUGAGGUCCCGGUGCGGACUGGAGGCGAGGUCCCGGUGCGGACUGGAGGUGAGGUCCCGGCGCGGACUGGAGGUGAGGUCCCGGCGCGGACUGGAGGCAUGGUCCCAGCGCGGACUGGAGCUUCACCUCGAGGUCAACGGUCCACACUCGGCUUCACCUCAAGGUCAAGGGUCCACACUCGGCUUCACCUCGAGGUCAGGGAUCCACACUCGGCUUCACCUCGAGGUCAGGGAUCCACACUGGGCUUCACCUCGAGGUCAGGGAUCCACACAUGGGUUUCACCUCGAGGUCAGGGGUCCACACAUGGGCUUCACGUCGAGGUCAGGGGUCCACACUGGGCUUCACCUCGAGGUCAGGGGUCCACACUGAGCUCCACCUCGAGGCUGCAAGUCUAUGCUGGGCUUCCUUGGGGCCGGGAGUCCAUCAAAUCUGCACUGGCUGAACUCUCCACCACUGAUGGUGUCCGAGGAAUGGAGGUCUCAUCCGUUGUUUUCCUAGUGAUGCUGCUCAGUAAUGAGGAGCCAAAUUUGGAAAUAAAUCAUCAUGCGGGCAAGUCACUUGAUAGCUUCUGUAAGUGGCAGAAAUCUAUUCUUUCCCGCAAUGGUAACGGAAAUGCCAUCCCUGACAAUGGAAUCGCUCACCACGAUAACGCUGUUCUUCUCACCAGGUAUGACAUUUGCAUUUAUAAGAACAAGCCCUGUGGAACUCUAGGUCUAGCUCCAGUAGGUGGUAUGUGUGAACCAGAGAGAAGCUGCAGUAUCAAUGAGGACAUAGGCUUGGCAACUGCAUUUACAAUCGCUCAUGAAAUUGGUCACAAUUUUGGAAUGAAUCACGAUGGAGUUGGAAACUCCUGUGGUCCGAGAGGUCAGGAAACAGCAAAGCUGAUGGCUGCCCAUAUCACUGUGAAAACGAACCCUUUCAUCUGGUCAACAUGCAGCAGGGAUUACAUCACCAGCUUCUUGGAUUCAGGACAUGGUAGAUGUCUCAUCAAUGCACCUCCAAAGCAGGAGUUCUUUUACCCAACUGUGGCCCCAGGCCAGGUGUAUGAUGCUGAUGAACAGUGCCGUUUCCAAUAUGGAGUCAAAUCUCGCCAGUGUAAAUAUGGGGAGGUAUGCAGUGAGUUGUGGUGUCUUAGUAAAAGCAAUCGUUGUAUUACAAACAGCAUUCCUGCUGCUGAGGGGACAGUAUGCCAAUCAAAUACCAUUGAAAAGGGGUGGUGCUAUAAAAGAGACUGUGUCCCAUUCGGCACUAGACCAGAGGGAGUGGAUGGGGCCUGGGGACCCUGGUCAUCAUGGGGAGAGUGCAGCAGGACAUGUGGAGGUGGAGUAUCAUAUUCUGGCAGGCAAUGUGACAGCCCAAGACCCACUAUCGGAGGACGAUAUUGUCUAGGAGAGAGAAAGCGCUUUCGAUCGUGUAACAUUGAUGACUGUCCACCAGGGUCUCAGGACUUCCGAGAAAAGCAGUGUGCAGAAUUUAAUAAAAUCGCAUUUCGUGGGAAGUAUUAUGACUGGAAACCAUACCACGGAGGUGGUGUGAAACCCUGUGCUUUGAACUGUCUAGCCAUGGGCUUCAAUUUCUAUACUGAACGUGCUUCAGCUGUAGUGGAUGGUACCUUGUGUCGUAUGGACUCGCUUGAUAUAUGUGUCAAUGGAGAAUGUAAGCACGUGGGCUGUGAUCAUACUUUAGGUUCAGAUGUGAAGGAGGAUCGAUGUCGAGUCUGUGGUGGUGAUGGGAGCACUUGUGAAACCAUAGAAGGAAUUUUUAAUGGCUCCAGUCCUCAGGGAGGUUAUGUAGAAGUUAUCCAGAUCCCUAAAGGCUCAGUACACAUUGAAAUUAACGAACUUAAUGUAUCCCAUAAUUACCUUGCACUGAAAUCUGAUGGUGAAGAAUACUUUAUUAAUGGUGGCUGGUCCAUAGAUACACCACAGCGGUUUGAUAUUGCUGGAACUGCUUUCCACUAUAAGAGGCCUGAUGAUGAGCCAGAGUGUCUGGAAGCAUUGGGACCUACUAAUGCAAGUCUUUUCCUUAUGGUGCUGAUACAAGAGGAAAAUCAGGGCAUUCAUUACAAAUUUAAUGCACCCAUCAUACGCACAGUCAGUGGAGAUACACAGGCAACCUAUGAGUGGCAAUAUUUUCCUUGGUCCAAGUGCACUGCAAUAUGUGCAGGAGGUAUACAGGCACAGGCUGUCGUGUGCAAGAAACUGGAUGAUAAUUCUGUUGUUUCUGCUCAUUACUGUAACAGUGAAAACAAACUUCCAGAAAAACAACGUGCUUGUAACACUGAGCCAUGUACAUCAGUCUGGAUUGUAGGUGAAUGGUCCGAGUGUAGUCGGACCUGCAGUGGGGGACUUCGCACUCGUGAUGUUGUAUGUGUCCAAAAGGUCACUGCUUCUGAGCAAAAAAUACUGGAUGAUAGUCACUGUAUCAGUGAACGCCCCCUGAUAAAGGAAAGCUGCAAUAACCAUACCUGCCCACCGGAAUGGGUUCCUCUCGAUUGGUCUGAGUGCACACCAAGUUGUGGAAUAGGUUAUCGGCAUCGUAUCGUACUUUGCAAGAGCAGCGACUACACUGUGACAUAUCCAGCUUCCCAUUGUCCUGCGGACUCCAAACCUCCCACCCGAAUUCGAUGUACUUCACAGCGAUGUCCACUUCCUCGCUGGGUAGCCGGAGAAUGGAGUCCGUGUUCUGUACAGUGUGGUCUGGGUCAGCAGAUGCGAAUGGUUCAGUGCUUGACUUAUAUUGGUCAGCCUUCCAUGGAAUGUCCAGAGACCAAUCGACCUGCAGCCAUGCAGCAGUGUGAGAGCAGAUGUGAAGCUCUUCCCACUGAGAAUCCAGAAGAAUGCAGGGAUGUGAAUAAAGUCGCUUACUGCCCACUGGUGCUAAAAUUUAAAUUCUGCAGUAGGCCCUACUUCAGGCAGAUGUGUUGUAAAACUUGCCAAGGACAUUGAUCUUCAAGAACAGCUUCAAAUGAGCAAAAUAUUUUAUGGA